UAUAAAUAAAAUCCAACGUCUCUCCCCCCCCUCCGGUUCCUCGUCCUUAUUGGUCAGGUGAAGCCGCUACCUCACUCCAGGCCCGGUGACGCAGCGUCUUCGCGUAUCCUUCGUUUUUUUCCUCCCUUCGUUCUUGUUUCUUUACCCUGAGAGUCUUCCAGUCCGCUCAGAGUGUGUCGGGACGCGGAGCCGGCUAAGGGGUGCACUCGAUAACUACAUACUUUCCAUCCCGGGAGGAGAGCGGCGCGCAGGAACACACGCUCUCUGUAUCUCUGUGCGUCUGCUUUUACUCUGUCUCUGUCCCUGUGCGAGCUUUUCCAUUCUCUCUCCCGCACAUCCACGCACGUUCCGCGCGCACACGCAUACAUCUCCACUUGGCCGUAGUAAAUUACGGCAUUGAUCUCAAAGGCGAGUGUGGAUCUCUCUUCUGUGCGCUCCUUGCUCGACGGAGCGACGCUGAGGAAAGAAGCUAAUCCUCUCACUGUGUAUUUGACUGUGAGGCCCCCUGGACAUGCCUGUUUAGCUGCCCUGCGGGAUGCCUGAUCAUGACAGCACCACCCUCCUAACCAGACAAACCAAGCGCAGACGUGUCGACAUCGGGGUGAAAAGGACUGUGGGUAGCGCAAUAUUCCCCCGUACCCGGGAGACCCUGCUCAACGCCAUGAACCAGUCACACGGCCCUGAUCAGGAUGGAGACUGCUCACUGGUGAGUCACAGCCAUGGGGCCACAAAUGGUGACGGCGAGAAGACAAAUGUCCUCAGAAAGCUGCUAAAGAGGGCCAACUCUUAUGAAGAUGCCAUGAUUCCUUUUCCUGGGGCCACAAUCAUCUCCCAGUUAUUAAAGAACAAUAUUGGAAAGAAUGGAGGGAGUGACUCAGGCUUUCAGGGUAGUGGUGCCCUGUCCAGUGGGGGUUCAGAGAUUCAGGCUGAAGACGCCUGUAGUAACUCUUCACAAGACAGUCCAUCCGACUGCCUUUCCCCUGGUCCUCAGCUACCUCCUCCAUCUUCCUCUUCCAACUUUGGACGACAACCACCCCCCUCAAAUCACAUUUCACACACCUCUUCUCAGUCCUUGUCUUCUUUCGACUUAGACCGACUGUCGGACGAGCAUCUCCGCGCCAAGAGAGCCCGCGUGGAAAACAUAAUCCGUGGCAUGAGUCACUCCCCGCUUGUCCGUCCCAAUUGCAGUGACCACAACCAAGAAGGCAACCACGAGAAUGAAAACAGCAGCAGCAACAGUAACAGCCACAGAAUAGAGGACGGCACACACAACAGCAGCCGGCAUGGUGAAUGCCCUUCCCUUCUGAGCUCUUCUGGUUCACGAGGCGGAGUGAUUGGCAUUGGUGAAGUAUACAGAGAGAAUAAGAGGAAGCAGCGUCUCCCCCAGCAGCAACACAGUUUCACCCAGCUGGUUUGUUCCAGACAGGAGCAGAGACAGGAAGAGAGAAGGCAGCUCAAACUACAACUUGAAGACAUGCAGAAACAACUGCGCCAACUUCAAGAGAAGUUCUACCAGAUCUAUGACUCCGAGACAGAGGAAGAGGAAGAAAAUAUGGUGAAUGGAGAAGCCAACCGAGGAGGGGACAGAGAGGAGGAUGGCAACCUUUCAGAGGACAGUAUCCGCUCUGACUGCCUGGAGGAGAGGCACAGAGACAGAAGGGGGCAAACACAAGAUGAUCUUUCUGAACUGGACCCAGGACUGUUCCUGGACCGAGCCCGAGCCCUCCUCCGUGAGCAAGCCUUGAUAGAUAGAGAAAUGGAGGAGGAAGCUGACAGCCGAGAAGAAGAGGAAAGAAAUGGAGAAAGGGUGAAAAGGAGAGCGGUAGCAGGGGGUGGGGGAGGAGGAGGUAGGCAGUUGGCCGAGACUCUGAAGCAGGAGCUGAACUGUGCCGUGUCACAGGUUGUUGACACAGUUGUUAAAGGCUUCUCCUCACCCAAGCAGACCCCCAGUCACCAUCACGGCUGCCACAGCAGUACACCAGCUGCACCUUCUUCUUCCUCCAACUCAUCCUCAUCCUGUCCACCACCUUUCGGAGCACUACAUCCACUUACCCCAGAGUCACGGUUUGGUGGUGGUAAUUUGGCACUCAACUUGAAUGGUGAAGGCAGUCCUACCCCUAACUAUCAUUCGUCCAACCAGAGGCUGCACUGUUUUGGGGAUGUAAUCAUCCCCAGCCCACUUGAUCCUUUCGGCGGUCUGAGCAGCAGGCUUAGUGGCGUGCCUACACCCAAUGAUCAAACAGAGGCUCUGCCGCUGGUAGUGCGCAAAAAUGGUGGGAGUGCAGUAGAGACCACCAACUCUUCUCUUCCUCCCCCUCCUCAUCAUUCCUCAUUCCAACCAUCUCCGCUCACAGCUUCUCUGGGCUUCAGUCCUCCAUCAUUUCGCCACCCGUUUCCUCUCCCCCUCAUGGGUUACCCCUUUCAGAAUCCCCUGGGGUCACAUGGGGGUGGAGGUGGCUACCCACCAGGACCAAAAGACCACAGUCGGGUAUCCCCCGAUUCUAUGGACAUAACCCGGGAAACUGUCAGCAUCAGAACCAAAAUGGCAUCUCUCGGAGGGGGCCACAUGGGUCACCAUCACCACAGGCAUAGCACUGAAAGCCAGCAUGGACCGGAGGGCCUGUCACUGUCCCUCAUCAAGUCAGAGUGUGGAGAUCUUCAGGAUAUGGCUGACAUUUCUCCCUACUCAGGCAGCACUAUUCAGGAGGGUUUGUCUCCAAAUCAUCUCAAAAAAGCCAAGUUAAUGUUCUUCUACACUCGCUACCCUUCCUCCAACAUGCUCAAAAUGUUCUUCUCUGACGUCAAGUUUAAUCGGUGCAUCACAUCCCAGCUGAUCAAGUGGUUCAGCAAUUUUAGAGAGUUCUACUACAUCCAGAUGGAGAAGUUUGCCCGGCAGGCCAUCAACGAAGGUGUAACUGCAGCCGAGGACCUGACCGUGAGCCGGGAAGCGGAACUUUACAGGGCGCUCAACAUGCAUUACAACAAGGCCAAUGACUUUGAGGUUCCUGAUCGAUUUUUGGAGGUGGCCCAGGUGACUCUUCGUGAGUUCUUCAACGCCAUUGUGGCUGGAAAGGACGCGGAUCCAUCGUGGAAGAAGGCUAUCUACAAAGUGAUCUGCAAACUGGACAGCGACGUUCCAGAAGUCUUCAAAUCUCCCAAUUGUCUCCAAGAACUCCUCCAUGACUGACUAGGACAUAGGAGUAACCCAGGCAGGAGGAACAAACCUCCAGGGACUGUCGGAAGACUAUAAAACCAAUCCUCCUUAGUGAUAUUUGUUGUAGUGGUUCUACUCAGACAAAGUUUUAUCAGCCCUUCUUUUAAAGAGAACACUGCCCUUAACAAGAUUUUAUAUGAGAGUUGCUCGUCUUAUAUAAUGUAAAAGGGCUCAAGCUCAAUUUUAGAUAUUUAUGUCUGGACUUUUAGAAAUUAAAAGCAAAAAAGAUGAGCAACUGAUCCUCCUUGCACUUAAAGAAAAAGUUUUCUCCUCCACCUUCUUCAAACGUUCUCUUCAUCCUUGUCAAGGGAACAAAAAAUUUAAAUUAUGCUGGAGCAGACUAAUAACAAAGAUGAUAAUAUAUUUAAAAAAAAACUUCGUAUUAUGGAUGUUUUUAAGUUACAAUGACAAUUUUGAAAGAAAAAAAAGAUGUUUCUCCUGUUUUGCAUAAGUUCCUAUUAUUUUCUCUCAUGAACCCAUCAGUCAUGCACACACAUAAGAAAGCACAGUAGCAUCCCUCUUGCUUACCUGAACACAAAAAGACUGAUGAAAAUUAGAAAAGUUGCUGUUUAUUCUGUCUGUUUUACCUCGUCUUUUCACUUCAGCCUUUUAACUGUACUAACACUGUAUGUUUGGAAUGCUCCAUCAUUCCCUCACUGCCCCUGUAAAGCAUCAGAGGGAGAUCACAUUAACAUCCAGCACCUUGAAAAAGUAUUUCUACCCAAAUUUGUUGCACUGGAUUUUAUUUAGGGGUAUUAAAGUAAAAGGUGGCUGGGUACAACUGCAUUCUACCCUUUUCACAUUUCAUUGGAAUGACUUUGUUCUUUUACGUUUAUGUGCCAGUUUGUGUUGGUCUAGCUAAAAACAUAAAUAAAAUACAGUUUUUGAUGUUAAACCAUGACCAAAUAAUCAAGGAGUAUGAAUACUUUUUCAAGGCACUUUACCUAUCUCAAAUGUUUUUUAGAGACAUUAGUAAAAAUAAUUACUUCUUGAAUUUAAGUUGUGGGUUUGAUUGCCUCAUUCUAAUUCUAAACCAUUUCUAAAUGUGGAUGCUGUAUUGGUUAGCCUAUAUAAAUGAGACAAGAGAAAGCCAGCAUGUUUUUUGUCCAAUAUUGAGUGUCAUUAAAACAAAUCCUGAAGAUGAA